UCGUAGACACAAAUCAAAUUACCUUGGAAAACGUUUUUCUUUACAAACGAUGUCGUUUACAGUUGCCGUUUGCAACUCGCCGGUGUUCUCUCCGUCAUCGUCGUCACUUUUCUGCAACAAAACGUCGAACAUUCCUCCGGCUCAUGAAACCCUAACUCUAUCCCUAUCCCAUCUCAAUCCUCCAGCUUCUUCUCCCUCUCCUUCCUCUGCGACUCCCGCAUCUCCGUUCUGCCUCCGUCUCCUUAAACCCACCGCUAAACUAGGUUUUGGAUCGGACUCUGUUCCCGGAAGCGUUCUGAAGAGGAAACGCCCGAUGAGGCUUGACAUACCAGCGGCUAUUUCAGCACCUAUAUCAGCUGAGGCGGUGACUACAGAGACGCUGAGGGAGGAGCGCAGAGAGGUGGUGGAGAGUGAAGGUGAUGAGUACUCUGUUUAUUGCAAGAGAGGAAGAAGAGAAGCUAUGGAGGAUCGUUUCUCUGCCAUCACCAAUCUCCGAGGUGAUCCAAAACAGGCAAUAUUCGGAGUCUAUGAUGGUCACGGAGGAUCAAAAGCUGCUGAGUUUGCGGCUAACAACUUGUGUAAUAACAUUCUAGAUGAGAUUGUUGGCGGGAUGAACGAUUCAAAGAUUGAAGAAGCCGUAAAACGCGGUUAUCUAGCGACUGAUUCUGAGUUUCUUAGGAAGAAAGAUGCUAAGGGUGGCUCGUGCUGUGUCACGGCUCUGAUCAACGAUGGAAAUCUUGUGGUGGCAAAUGCUGGUGACUGCCGUGCUGUUCUGAGCGUUGGAGGGUUCGCGGAGGCUAUGACUUCUGAUCAUCGCCCUUCGAGAGAAGAUGAACGUAACAGAGUUGAGAGCUCGGGAGGUUAUGUUGAUACAUUCAAUAGUGUUUGGAGAAUCCAAGGAUCUUUAGCAGUAUCUAGAGGGAUCGGAGAUGCUCAUCUCAAACAAUGGAUAAUAUCUAAUCCAGAGACAAAGGUUCUGCGAAUAGAUCCCCAACACGAGUUCUUGAUCUUAGCGUCAGAUGGUUUAUGGGACAAGGUUAGUAAUCAGGAGGCAGUAGACAUAGCUCGACCAUUUUGCAUGGGAAUGGAUCAGAAACUGAAGCCUUUGCUAGCUUGUAAGAAGCUCGUUGACCUCUCUGUAUCACGAGGCUCCUUGGACGAUAUCAGUGUGAUGUUGAUUCCGUUGUGCCGCUUCUUAUGACCACCAUAGGAGAAAUAUAAAGAUAAGAAAACAUCUUUAGAUUUCAGACGUUAGAGUUUGGAGUCCUUCUUACAUUCUCUUGGUAGUUUUUAACUUCAAUUAGUUAUUUUAGUUGUAACGAAACUUUUGUGUAUACUACCUUUGACAAAAAUAAGCUUCUUAUGAUUAAAUAAAAAUCAUAAACAUUACUGUAUU